AUGGCCUCGCCCUUUCCCGUGGCGCUCCCCGUCUCGGAGACGAGGGCGCACAACGACUCGCCCUCGGUGCUCAUGAAGGUCACCACCGAGACCUCGGCCAAGAACCAGAAGAUCCUGCCGCAGCAGGGCGAGCCCAACAUCCUCGUCACCUCGGCGCUGCCCUACGUCAACAACGUGCCCCACCUUGGCAACAUCAUCGGUUCCACCCUCAGCGCCGACGUCUACGCCCGCUACUCGCGCACGCGCAACCGCAACACGCUCUACAUCUGCGGCACCGACGAGUACGGGACGGCCACCGAGACAAAGGCGCUCGAGGACGGCGUCACGCCGCAGCAGCUCGUCGACAAGUACCACGCCGUCCACGCAAAGGUCUACGAGUGGUUCCAGCUCGGCUUCGACCACUUUGGCAGGACCACGACGCCCAAGCAGACCGAGAUCGCUCAGGACAUCUUCCUCAAGCUGCACGAGAACGGCUACCUCGAGGAGAAGAGCAUGACGCAGCUCUUCUGCGAGCAGUGCACGCGCUUCCUGGCCGACCGAUACGUCGAGGGCAUCUGCCCCAAGUGCGGGUACGACGAUGCGCGCGGCGACCAGUGCGACAAAUGCGGCCAGCUCCUCGACGCCAUCGAGCUGGUCAAGCCGCGCUGCAAGGUGUGCUCGUCGGCGCCCAUCCAGAAGGAGUCGCGCCACAUGUUCCUUCGCAUCGACAACCUCCAGCCGCUCACGGAAAAGUGGGCCCGCGCUGCCGCCGAGGCCGGCGGCUGGUCGUCGAACGGCCGGCAGAUCACCGAGAGCUGGUUCCGCGAGGGGUUGCGGCCCUUUAGCCUGACGCGCGACCUCAAGUGGGGUGUGCCCGUCCCCAUCAAGGGCAUGGAGGACAAGGUGCUCUACGUGUGGUUCGACGCGCCCAUCGGCUACCCGAGCAUCACGGCCAACUACACCGACGACUGGCAGCAGUGGUGGAAGAAUCCGGACAACGUCAAGCUCUACCAGUUCAUGGGCAAGGACAAUGUGCGCUUCCACACCGUCAUCUUCCCGUCGUGCCUGAUCGGCACAAAGGAGCCGUGGACCAUGCUCCACCACAUCAGCACCACCGAGUACCUCCAGUACGAGGGCGGCAAGUUUUCCAAGUCGCGCAACGUCGGCGUCUUUGGCGACAAGGCGGGCGAGCUCGGCCUGUCGCCGAGCGUGUGGCGCUACUACCUGCUGGCCAACCGGCCCGAGACGGCCGACAGCCAGUUCGCGUGGCGCGACUUUAUCGCCCGCAACAACUCGGAGCUGCUGGCCAACCUGGGCAACUUCUGCAACCGCGUGCUGACCUUCAUGAAGAAGUACGACCUCACCGUGCCCGAGAUCCCUGCCGGUUCGGAGCUGCGGACGUACAAGGAGGGUCCCCUGGUGGCGGCGCCCCCCGCCGGCGAGGACGGCUCGGCGUCGGUGAUUGCCAAGUACGUGCGCGACGUCAACGCGCUGCUGGCGCAGUACAUCGAGGCGAUGGAGGCGGUCAAGAUCCGCUCGGGCCUGCAGCACAUGAUGGCGCUCUCGGCGCGCUCGAACCUGUUCCUCGUCGAGAUGGGCUUUGACAACACGCUCUUCACCGAGCGGCGCGAGCAGUGCGACGAGGUGAUGCUGGUGACGCUCAACGUCAUCUGGCUCCUGUCGGUGCUCAUCCACCCGUUUAUGCCCGAGACGUGCGACUCGAUCCUCAAGCAGCUCGACGCGCCGCCGCGCGCCGUGCCCGACGACGGCCGGUUCCAGCUGGACCUGCUGCCCGGCCACCGGAUCGGCAAGGCGGCGCACCUGUUCAAGCGCAUCGACGAGGCGGAGGAGGACGUGUGGCGCGCCCAGUUUGGCGGGUCGAGCGACGCCAAGGACGCCGCCAAGGCCGACGCGCCCGCCAUGUCCAAGAAGCAGGCCAUGAAGGCGGCCAAGGCGGCCAAAAAGGCGGCCGAGGAGAGGAACAAGGUCGUGGUCAAGAACAAGACGCCCGAGCUGCUCGACCUCGAGGCGCGGGUGGCGUCGCAGGGCGACCGGGUCAAGCAGCUCAAGGAUCAGACGAAAAAAGAGGCCGAGGCCGAGCAGAAGCAGAAGCUGGAAAAGGAGACCGAGACGGAGCUCAAGGCGCUCCUCGAGAUGAAGACUGAGCUGUCCGAGCUGACGAGCCGGCUAGCCAAGCUCGAGAUGGACGCCGAGGUGCCUGCGUCUGCACCCGCACCGCAGUAG